AUGUUUUCUGGGAAGACAACAGAACUGAUGCGUCGCCUUAAACGUUACCAAAUUGCAAAACACAAUUGUCUUGUUAUCAAAUAUGCCAAGGAUGUGAGGUAUGACAGUGAUGGUAUUGCAACUCAUGACAAGCAAGUGUUGCCUGCAGUUGCUGCUACUGUGUUGGAUGAAAUGAAGGAAGAAGCGGAUAAUUUUAGUGUGAUUGGCAUAGAUGAAGGACAGUUUUUCCCAGACACAGUAGAGUUUGCCGAAGAAAUGGCUAAUCGAGGGAAGAUAGUCAUUGUUGCUGCGCUCGAUGGGACGUACCAGCGACUGGGCUUUGGAGACAUCCUUCGGCUGGUCCCCUUAGCAGAGUCCAUUGUCAAGCUGACGGCCGUUUGCAUGAUAUGCUACGAGGAGGCAUCUUACACCAAGCGCACCUCCACAGAAACUGCCGUUGAGGUAAUUGGUGGUAGUGAAAAGUACAUCGCGACCUGUAGACAGUGCUUCUUCAUCUCGACCCCACAGAAGAGACCAGGGGCUUCUCCGCUUAAGCCGGUGCAGGAAAACAUGGAAACCAAUGAAAGUAGCAGCACUUGUAAGCGUCGAUUGCUGGAUGGUAAAGAGGGAACAGGGACAGUGACGGCAGAUAAGGAAAACUGCAACAUGCAAGUGGCAUAA